AUGCCUCCUAGAAGACAAACUCGUGCAACUAACCCUGAUGACAACAACAAUAAUAGCAACCCAGAACCUACAAUGACCCAGAUUCUUCAGAUCAUGGCCCAACAGACUGCCAACCUAACUCAACAACAGGAAAGACAGGCUAAUCCUCAGGUUACUUUCAAAAACUUUCAGUCUUUCAGUCCUCCAGAGUUUAAAGGUUCGGCAGACCCUAUUGAAGCUAGGGUAUGGUUGAAAGAAAUUGAGAAAGCGUUUGUAUUAGUAAAGGUAAGAGAAGAGCGAAAGACUGAGUUUGCUAGUUAUUAUCUGAAGGAUGAAGCUACUUAUUGGUGGGAAUCAGUUAGAGCAAUGGAAGAGACAGAGAAUGUCACAUGGGAUAGAUUUAAGGAGUUGUUUCUGGAGAAGUACUUUCCUCAGUUUCUCCAGGAUCGAAUGGAGUUACAGUUUUUAGAAUUAAAGCAGGGAGACAUGUCUGUAGGUGAAUAUGAAAGAAAGUUUGCUGAGUUGGCAAGGUUUGUUCCAACCUAUAUAGACACUGAUAGGAAAAGGGCUAAGAGAUUCCAACAGGGCUUGAAAGCAUGGAUCAGAGGAAAGCUGGCUAUAUUGUAA